CAAAAUGUACUUUCAAAUUGAAUUUUUUAUGAGUGCUUAUCUAUGGAUGAUUAAUUACUAACUGGUAGUGCUGUGUGCAAGUAAUAUUGUGGAUACAAAAUAUAAGCUUGUGAUUUGUUUGUGAACUCUUGUGAUGGGUAAACUCAAGCCAAGCAUUCUGACAGGAUUGUUCUCACACCUGAGUGUGAACAAGAAGAAAGAAAAAACUGAUUAUGAAGAUUUACGACAAAUUUCUCCAAAAUCUAAGGUUACUCAAAAACAUAAAGACAAGAAUGUGUUAUCAACUUUAUCAUCUAAAUUGUCUAAAAAAGCACUUAAAGACAAAAAUGAUAUUCUGUUGACUCCAAGUACUUCUAAUACUCCAGCAAAAGUGAAAGUAAAGAAGAAGUCCGUUCUAAGAUUAGGUGUACAACAAAUAUUGGACAAUACCAAGACAAUGAUGAGUGCAACAAAUAAGUACAAUGAAAUCGUGGAAUCACCAGUGCAGCUAUCUUCUGGCAAACGAGAGAAGUAUAAAAACAGCAAGUCCUCAUCUCUCCGGGAAAGAAUGAUGAAAAGAUUGAAAGCAGCAAAGUUUAGAUUUAUGAAUGAGCAACUGUAUGUAAUGGAAGGUAAGGGGGCAGAACAGCUGUUCUCCAAGGAUCCAAAGUCUUUUGAAACUUAUCAUGACGGCUUUAGACAACAACUGGCUCAGUGGCCCGUCAACCCUCUGGAUAUCAUCAUUAAGUCGCUCAGGAAACGAGCUAAGGGUGGGAAACUAGUGGUGGCAGACUUUGGGUGCGGAGAAGCACGGCUGGCUCAACAAUUGCCAUGUACUGUCCACUCUCUAGACUUAGUAGCUCUCAAUGAGAGAGUGACAGUUUGUGACAUGGCACACACCCCACUCGCAGACAGCUCCGUCGAUGUGGUGGUCUUCUGUCUGUCCCUCAUGGGAACCAACAUCCUGGACUACAUCAGGGAGGCCAACAGGGUCCUUAAGGAAAAUGGAGUAAUGAAGAUAGCUGAAAUUGAGAGCAGGUUCGAGGACUUGAACCAGUUUGUACGAGGAGUGGAGCGAAUGGGGUUUGAGGCAACUUCUCAAGAUUUGUCACACAAUCUGUUUUACUUUUUAGAUUUUAAGAAAAAAUCGAAUGUGAGUAAAAAGAAAAAGAAAAUUAUUCCUGAACUGUCUUUGAAACCGUGUUUGUAUAAGAAGAGAUAAAUAUGUAUGUUGAAAAUUAUAAGCAGUUCUCAUUUUA